AAGAUAAUACUACAUGAGGUUUUACCGAGCAAAAAAAAUACUACAUGAGGUUUUCCUAGGGCAGAAAAAGGUUGGUGGGUUUUUGAAGGUAGGAGAGGAAAGGGAAAAUGUCGGAGCUGGACAGGCAAAUAGAACAGCUGAAGAGAUGCGAGCCGUUAGAGGAGUGGGAGGUCAAGGCGCUUUGCCUCAAGGCUAUGGAAAUUCUUGUCGAGGAGAGCAAUGUUCAGCGGGUCGAUGCCCCCGUCACUAUUUGUGGAGAUAUUCAUGGCCAAUUUUAUGAUAUGAAAGAGCUAUUCAAAGUUGGGGGGGAUUGUCCUCAGACCAAUUACUUGUUCCUUGGUGAUUUUGUUGAUAGAGGCUUUUACUCUGUGGAAACUUUUUUGCUUCUGCUUGCAUUGAAGGUUCGAUAUCCUGACCGAAUCACACUGAUCCGGGGGAAUCAUGAGAGCCGGCAAAUCACACAGGUAUAUGGAUUUUAUGACGAAUGCCUUCGGAAAUAUGGUUCGGUAAAUGUGUGGCGUUACUGCACAGAUAUAUUUGACUAUUUGAGCCUAUCAGCACUCAUUGAGAAUCGAAUCUUUAGUGUACAUGGAGGUCUUUCUCCUGCAAUAUCAACUCUAGAUCAGAUUAGAACAAUUGAUAGGAAGCAGGAAGUGCCUCAUGAUGGUGCCAUGUGUGACCUUCUUUGGUCAGAUCCAGAAGAUGUUGUUGAUGGUUGGGGUCUGAGCCCAAGAGGUGCUGGAUUUCUUUUUGGUGGAAAUGUUGUCACAACAUUCAAUCAUACAAAUAAAAUUGAUUUUAUCUGCCGUGCUCAUCAGUUGGUAAUGGAAGGAUAUAAAUGGAUGUUCAAUAAUCAGAUAGUGACAGUAUGGUCUGCUCCAAAUUAUUGUUACAGAUGUGGCAAUGUUGCUGCAAUAUUGGAGUUGGAUGAGAAUCUGAAUAAGAAGUUUACUGUCUUUGAAGCAGCUCCUCAGGAAGCCAGAGGUGUCCCUUCAAAAAAGCCAGCACCAGAUUAUUUUCUUUAGAUUCAAAGUUGCCAUAUCUUGGCAACUGGUCUACCGAUAUAUUGAAAUGUAACAUAUUUUGUACGCGGAAGUGAAAGCGACCAUAUCAUGCAUGCCAGCACUUCUCUCAAUUCUUGACAGGUGAAUUCCGGGUGAAUUUCUUGGGUUGAUAUUGCUAUCUACAAAAGUGAAUUAUUGAAAUAUGUGCUCUUGAGGAUCAGCAUCUCCAUAACUUUUGGGUACAUUAUGAGUGUGAUAUUAUGAACAGUUCAUUGAGAAGGGUCUGGUUUGUAAUGCGUGUACAAGCACAAAGGCUUUCCAUUCUCAAGCCUUUGGUUUUGAUGGAUUUUAUAGCCGUCCUCCUGGACUGUCUGUGCAUUGGAGAGAAGCAUUGAAUACACAUUUCUUUCAUAUUAUAAAGAAUAAUGUAUAAUUCAAUUUGUUACUGUUCUUAUUUGUUUGUUUUUAUCGAAUGAAAUUUAUGUUGUUGAAUCUCAAUAAUCAUUAUGAAUAUUCGAUGCUUUAUCAUGUGGUAAAUUGCAUUGCA